AUGCCGACGUUGGAUUUCUCCACGGCCAACGUCGCCGGGGGCGCGACCAGGUGCAAGCUCCAGAUCCAUCACUACUGGGAGGAAGACAAGAUAAACCCCAAUGGCCAGUCGUUGGAGACCCCCUCUUUCAACGCUGGGGAUUGCUAUUGGUGCAUCUACUGCGACCCCGAACCCGAUUGCAUCAUCUCUACCCCGACUACCGGCAUGUCAAUCUCCGUUGCUCUCGACGGCAGAGUCGCCAGGCCUAUCAAAGCACGCUUUGUCUUCAGUUUGCUUGAUCGGAACGGGGAACCAGUGCCAGGUCACACCGUAUGCACAAACGUAAGGAAGUACUCUCGAGCUGGAUCCGGGUAUGGCAGCGAUGUUUUCAUCCGGAAGGAGUCUUUGGAGGAGAUGGCGUCAGAGUAUCUCGUGGACGCUGACUGCUUCACUAUCCGGUGCGACGUCUCCGUGUACAGGCCAUCGCCGCUGUCCAACAUGCAGAAGCAUCUCUUGGACACCGACGCCGAUGUCAUGUUCCAAGUUGCCGGUGAGAAAUUCAGCGCUCACAGGUGUGUUCUUAGGGCAAGAUCGCCGGUCUUUAAGGCAGAACUCUCAAGAGCUUCAACAUCAGGAUCUUCUUGCAUAUGGAUCGAUGAUAUGCUACCUCAGGUGUUCAAGAGCUUGCUACAUUUUAUAUACACAGAUUCGCUACCAGAGGUGACUGGAGUAGAAGGCUCUAUGAUGGCUGAGCAUUUGCUGGCAGCGGCGGAUAGGUUCGGCAUGCAGGGGCUCAAGCUGAUCUGUGAGGAGAGACUAAUAAGGGAACUAAACGAGAAUACUGCUGCAAAAAUACUCAAGCUGGCGGUACAGCACAACUCCAGCUUUCUUAGGGAGGCUUGCUUUGUGUUCCUUUCAGAUCCUCCUGUACUGGAAGCUGCCAUGGCAAUGAACGAUGGACUACUGGAGCAGGUGGCUAAAAUUUGUCCAGCGCUUUUGAAGAAGAUGUGGGCUUAUGAGGAUGACCCUAUGCAAGACGAGUUGGAUAUGUGCCUGACUGUCUGUGAUGAAUUUCUUGCAGUGAUCUAA